AUGGUCGCCGCGGUGCGCGCUGCGCCGGCGCUGUCCGGCAAGCCGCACGGGCCGCCGCCGCCGGGGCUCACGAUGCUGGAGGUUGCGGCGGCGGCGGCGGCGGGGGAGGAGCGGCUGUCCGACGCCUCGACGGCGGCGCCCAACUCGAGCCUCAGCUCGGCCAGCAGCGCCGGCAGCCUGCCGCGGUGCUCCAGCCUCUCGCGCCUCUCCUUCGACUGCUCCCCGUCCGCCGCCCUGGCAGCCGCGCGCUCGCCGCCGCCCGCGGGGGUGUCGCGGCCGCACCGGUCGGGCGACGCGGCGUGGGCGGCGAUCCGCGCGGCGUCCACGUCCGCAGCAGCGCCGCUCGGGCCCCGGGACUUCAAGCUGCUGCGCCGCGUCGGCGGCGGCGACAUCGGGACCGUGUACCUCUGCCGCCUCCGGAACACCGCGAGGGAGAGCCCGUGCCAGCUCUACGCGAUGAAGGUGGUCGACCGGCGCGUGGUGGCCAAGAAGAAGAAGCUGGAGCGCGCGGCGGCGGAGAAGCGGAUCCUGCGGGCGCUCGACCACCCGUUCCUCCCCACGCUCUUCGCCGACUUCGACGCCGCGCCGCACUUCUCCUGCGUCGUCAUGGAGUUCUGCCCCGGCGGCGACCUCCACUCGCUCCGCCACCGCAUGCCCUCCCGCCGCUUCCCGCUCCCGUCCGCUCGGUUCUACGCGGCGGAGGUGCUGCUGGCGCUGGAGUACCUGCACAUGAUGGGCAUCGUGUACCGCGACCUCAAGCCGGAGAACGUGCUGAUCCGCGCCGACGGCCACAUCAUGCUCAUCGACUUCGACCUGUCGCUGGAGUCCACGUCCUCGCCGUCGCUGGAGUCCGCUGAUGCCGACGACGACGGCGCAUCCACCUCCGUGUCCUGCUUCCCGGACCACCUGUUCAAGCGCCACCGGCGCCAGCGCCGCACCGCCGCGCCGCGGACGUUCGUGGCGGAGCCCGUGGACGCGCGCUCCUGCUCGUUCGUGGGCACGCACGAGUACGUGGCCCCCGAGGUCGCCCGGGGCGGGCCCCACGGCGCCGCCGUGGACUGGUGGGCCCUCGGCGUGUUCCUCUACGAGCUCCUCCACGGGCGCACCCCGUUCGCCGGCGCCGACAACGAGUCCACGCUCCGCAACAUCGCACGCCGCCCGCUCGCGUUCCCCCCGCCCUCCUCGGGCCCCGCCGACGCCGCGGCGCGGGACCUCAUCGCUGGCCUCCUCGCCAAGGACCCGGCCCGGCGCCUCGGGUCCCGCCGCGGCGCCGCCGACGUGAAGGCGCACCCCUUCUUCCGGGGCCUCAACUUCGCGCUCCUCCGGUCCUCCCGCCCGCCCGUCGUCCCCGGCGCGUCGCCGCUGCACCGGUCGCAGUCCUGCCACGCCGCGCCUACCACCGCGACGCCCGACAAGAAGCCGCCGGCGCCGGCACCGGACGCCCGGUUCGGCCUCUUCUGACACGCCCCCGGCCGCGGCGUCACGCAGCAGCAUUGACCUAGCCAGCAUCGCUCGCUCGCCACUGUACACAGUGUUUAAUGAGCUAGUAGCAGCACGUACUCGUACUAAUUUGAUCUCAUGUACUACCAAUAGUACGCCAUUAGUCUAAUCCUACUCCCUACUCCUACCGUCGUCGAGCUCUAACCCGUGGCUGGUUUCCGAGGCACGCCGCGCUUAACGGUGGAGCUGACCUGGCGCCAGCAGCAGCUGAGUCGCCAGGUUUAGCGAGCGAUUGCUUCUCCUGCGGGGUUAGCGUGUGGUGUUUUGUCGGGGGCGAUUGGAGCAGGGGUCACAUGGGAGUUCGGAGCUUGUCCGGUAAGCAGCGCGCUUGGGUUGGCGAUUACAUUAAUGGCGGGUGUUGACCUGUCUUCGGGGAGCCGCCUCGUCCCGGCAUGGUUGGUUGGUGUGGCUGUCGGGUAGGCAGGCUGGGGUAGUGGUUUUGCUCGCGGGAGAGGUGGGUGACAGUCCCUGCAAAUGGACGGGUAGUUUACUGCAGAUUUUCUGAAAGUGUCUGCACUAGGUUGUCUUCUCUGAAAUUUGCGUGCGUUUGGGCGAGAACAGUUGCCGGCGAUGUGGGUGUUGGGUCCGGAGCGUUUGGAUGAGUGUUUCAAAGUCAACGUGAUAGUUAAUAUCAGGAGGUUCCCAUGGAUGUCAGGUUUGGAAGGUCGAAAAGGGAACACCGUGGUGUAGGUGGUGUGUAUUGGGAGGAAUCGAUAUGAAAAUUAGAGGAAAUGAGUUCAUGCAAA